AUGAUUGGCCUCGCAUCAAGGUUCCACAGAGCCCAAAUCAUUCGAACUAGAAACCUUCAGGUACUAUCACUACAAGAUCUCACCUCCCCUCCCCUUGCCGGCAAUAUCAGACCAAGAUUUUGUAGACAGGAAGCAGGUGGCAGAGAAGCCCUAGACCAAGAUUUUGUAGAAAUUUUUGGUGUUGAAUCAACAAUUGUUCGUUCACAGUUUGAUGACGGGGAAGAAGGGGCGGGAGUUGAAAACAAAGAAGAUGAUGACGUGGCACCAAACGGAGUACUAAACAGCCCUGAACCAGAUGCCAGGUUGGCAACCCCGACAGGUGGAGUAGGAACAACAGCAGAUGAUGUGGCAGCAGCAGGUGUUGCUGAGCUGGCAAGCAAUGCGCCAGAUGGCUGGGAGUUAGAAGGGAGAUGUAAUGUCGGAUGUACCCUUCGGGCAGCAGGUUCCCAUUUCGCGGUUUCCCUCCGGUCAGCUUCAAGUGUUGAUCCUCUUGAGGAACAGAAAAAGAUAGCAAGGGCACUCAGCCCUUUUGUUGAUUAUGGAGUUACAGUAAUAGUUCCUCUUCCUCUGCUAUUGACCGGAACUACUAUUACUAACCAGAUGGACCUUCGUGAGCAAGUGAAAAUGUUAUCAGAGGUUUGGGAAUAUUGCUGCUUGCCACUGCUGAGAUCAUUUCAUCAAAGGAAUGAGGCACUUCGAGUUGCUUUCAUACAUGUUGAAGAGGUUCCAGGUGGUGAUGGAAAGAUCACAAAGUCAUUUUAUUCGAAGCUUGUGAAAGCUGAUAUCAAUGGAAAAGACCAGUGGGGAAAAGUCAAAGGUUUUAGAUUCCACCUAAAUCUUCAUGGAAUUGUAACGAUAGAAUCUGCUUCGGUUUAUGGUCCUGAAGCAGAUAUAUGGAGUGCUGGUGUGAUUCUUUACAUUCUUUUUUGUGGGGUCCCACCUUUUUGGGGAGAAUCUGAAAAUGAGAUCUUUGAAGAGGUUUUGAGGGGUAAACUCGACUUUUCAUUAGAUCCAUGA